AAUUGCUCACACCAGCACUACUUGGUGCGAUGAGUAGGCGCGGGUUCGGCAGAUUUGACAAUGGAGGAGGGCGUGGUCGCGCAGCUAGACACGGCAGUUCAGAAGCAAGAAAUAGGCGUCGGUCAGGACGACGUCGUCCGCGCGGUGGAUUAAAGUUGGACGCAAGUGAAUCUGAAUCAUACGGUGGCACACAAGAGAUGGAAUAUGAAGAGUCUGGGAACUUGGGAGAGGAUGACUUUGACCAACAAGAUCUAGGACAGUUUGAGUCUCAUACUCCGAUUCAGCGGAAUGUAGCCAGGGAUUAUCUUUCCCAACCCGAAGACUUUGAUAUUGCACAAGAGGAACAGGAAUUACAUCCAGUCUACACCAGAGAAAUUUCUAGUGAACCUGCCUUACACGGUGGAAUCAGAGGACGCCGCAGAGGAGGUAGAGAACGUACCCCAUACGUGGAUAAUUCUGGUGCAGAUUCCAUGACGGAAAGAAGUGAGCAGCAGGGUGUUCAUGAUGAUACUGUCAGGAACCGCCGAGGGAGCAGCCAGCGUAGCGGAUCGCAGCACACCUUCACGUCCCCUUUGUCACUAGAGGAGAUUAAACGUCGAAAGCGACAGCUCAGUAGCGGAGUAGACACAGCAGAAGAAGCCGUUGAAACUACGGGUACCAUUACUGAACAGCCGCAGAAGGACACUGUCGUAUCUGAACCCGACUCACGGCCGCAAAUAGUGUCACACGACACAGUGGCUGCCGCUGGCGUUCUUCCCAGUCUUUCUGAAGCAUCAGAAACUGAGAGUGAAGGGGACCAUCCACCUCGUCGUUCGACGAGACUUGCUUCACGUAGCAAGUCGGCAGCGGGAUCAGGUUUAGAUGCUUACAGCGAGAAGCCCCGCCGCAACGAGACUUUUCAGAAGGAUGUCGUAAAAACUGAGGGGACCGCGCAAUAUACCCGCGGUAGUGAUGCAGACCCCUCUGAGAUUGCUAUUACUGCUACCGCGGAGCAGAACAGCAAACGACAUGGUAUGAUGUUUUCACCGUCAUCGGUGAGGGAGAGUCAUAAUGGUACCGGCACGAAUCCGAAUGAGGGAGCCUCUAAAGACACUGCAAAUAUGAUAUCAGAAGAUCAUAUUACAUUGGAUAACGCUGCGGAAGGCCGUAAGUGGACACCACGUGCAUUCCCUGCGCGAGCAGCGACAGUGCGGCAUCAACAAGAAGGUCAAUCUAUAUCAGAAUCACAUGCAGAAGGUACUUCAUCUAUGGGCAUGCACUCUUGCUCAGCAAAGUGCAGAUUCUCGCGUGAGAGUUUGCUCCGUCUCUGUCGAGUAAUUCGACCAUACCUGAUCUGCUCCUCUGCGCGCUAAUUCACUUAAUCAAUCCAUGUUCCUUAUCUUCGUUCAGAAGCCAAGCCGGGGCUACGUGACAAUAUAGAGAAGGCAGGGGACUCAAUCACCAAUGAGGACGAAGAACAUCAUCGUGCAGAUCAAAGGAUGCGUGUCGAAGUGUCUGCUCAUGAGUCGAAAAAUCUAAUAGCAGAUCAACGAAAUGUAGAUCAGCAUCAAAAGCAUUUUGAUCUUGCGAAUUCACAUUUAGGUGGUCUCGUUGCGGCGUCAUAUGAAGGAGAUACAACCAGCGACGUUGAGCCUCCUUCGCAAGUGCCCACUGGUUCUGGCAUGGAAGCAUUGGAGUCAACGCAAUCCCAUCAUGCGAAUCGCAGGACACCUACUGCAUCGUCAGCAAAAGAUAUGGGGUCUUCUGAGCCAUAUAGCAAUCCACCUUACCCGAGUAUGCCCAGCAAGCCCGCCAGUGUCCCAGGAGUGGUACCGAUGUCGGAGCUCGUUGGGCGCACAGAGCCCUUCGAUAUAGCAGUAGCCCUUGAUGCAUCACCUACCAACAGCCAUGAGUUAUCAAUCGAAGUCCGAGAUUCUGGCAUUCAACACCCGAUGAGGACCUUACCCGACCGAAACGUCAAAGCGCGCAAAUCCAGUGAAUGGACCCCUAAAAAGGAGCAUAUUGCUCAUAUUGCCUCGGUUUCAUCCAACCGCGCUUUUGAACGCCCCUCACUUGAUAGCUUUCGGAGAGGGAGGAAUGAAGAUGGUAUGUCAGGAAAUGUCGAUCAUCGACAGUCAAUAUCACCCCCAAGGUCCUCUGGUGUCUAUCGGGAGCAGAGGCAGUGUUAUGACAGCUAUAGACCGGCUUACCGCAACCCAAGUCCUGUAAGAGUGGGUUCUACCAUUCCUUUGAAUGAAGCACGGCCUGACGAGAGCUCUCGUACGCCAAUGAUAUCCGAACGGGCCGUUGAUCGGCAGCGUUUCGAAGCAAUGCCAACCAUCCUUGCCAGGCACAGCGGAUCUCCCAAAGCUGACGACCGCAGUAGUUGGCACCAUCACAAAAAUGAGACCAGACGAACGCCUUUACCCGGUAGACCAGGCAAUAGUAUCGGCGCGUCCGACUGCAAUUCUCUAGGCAUCGCAACUGGGCGUAAGCGGGAACUUAGCCAUCAAGCUGCUGAUGAAGAACUGUCGGUAAAGCGGCCGAGAAACGAUGUGUCUACACCGUCCUAUUUGACGUUAGCGACCGAUGACAGAAGCGCGGGGCUCGAAAAGCAGAUAAAUCGUUUGCUCAUAGGGAUGCGUCCACUGAGCGAGGUCUUAAUUACGGUAGAGGAUAUGGUAGACAGCAAUUUCAUUCCAAGCAUGGAGGUUAUGCGGGCUAUCUUAAGAGUCGCGGUCAGCAGACGUGAUAUUGAAGCCUUGCGGCAAGGCUUCAAAAUUUUGGAGGAGAUUUACCACACCAAAGUCGUCGUGGAUGAUUACCUGCUCGUGGCGGAAGGAUACGCUCUGUUUGGCGACGCGACAAAACUUAGGGCGGUAAUUACUCAAGCCAGAAGCAGGGGCUUGGAAUUGCAAUCCGGGCACUACUCUCUACUGUGGAGAGUUCUGCCUGCCUCAAGUAACCCGGACGUGACGCGUGUACUCGGUGAAGAGCUACUAGCAAGUAGUGGAAGAAUUGACGCCGGUCUUGGGGACCAAAUCCUGCGGGAGAUGAUGGCUUCGCGAUUAACCACCGAAAGCUUUGACACGUUUAAGAUGCUGGCAGGACAGGAUGUAGAAUUCGAUCGACGAACUUUGAACGAGAUCAUCAGCUACUAUGUGGAAGUCAAUGAGCACGAAUACGCAUUUUACAUUUUCGAGUACAUGUUCGCCCGCCACAUACCGGUUGAAGGGCAGAUGUUGUUCUCUUUGUGCUUGGAGUGCUGCAAGCGUAACCGGCUCACCGAAUUGGCUGUCAAGGUCUAUGAUGCUGCCAAAGAGCAUGUGGGGCUAAGGAUCAGAGAUGCUGGUACAUUGGAAGCCAUCAUUGAAGCAUUUGAUACUCGCGGCAAGACUGCAGAAGCCCUUACUGCUCUGGAGGAUUUGGCCGCUCUUAAUGUAACAAUCCGUUCUGACAAGAUGCUCAGGUCGCUCCUGCGGUCAUGUGCCGAAAACCGUCUACUGGAACGAUUUGUGGUCCCCGUGAAAAAGCUUAUCCAACCCUCGAAGGCUCUGAUUACUCCUGAUGGACACAGUGGAGUCAUUGAGGAGAUAAUGGAAGUCUGCCUCGAUUUGGCGCACACCUCGGAAGCGUUCUGGUUCUACCGCUACAUGAAAAGCAACAGCGUACCUCGCUGGACGCAUACUGACAAGCUUCUCUCGGCUUUGGCGAGGGAUACUACGCUGUUAGAAGAGGGGUUCGACAUUGUUAUGGAUGCACUGCUGAGCGGGUACCCGGUAAGCAUCCGGAUCGUGGCUGCUGUCCUAAAGUCCCUUUGCGCAAGAAAACAAUGGAAAACUGCAGAAGAAUUCGUCAGCCAAUGGGAGAGCAUGGGAAUGGAAUGGCCGAGCGAAGUGUCAGGAGACAUCUUUCAGAUCCUGACCAUGGUCAAUAGACAUGACGAGGCGGUACGGUAUUAUGAGAAAGUUCGGUUGGAAGGAAGCGCACUAUCGUGUCUAUCAGAACCAGUACUCAAAGCCUUUCUGCAUAAUGCCUUCACUGCAAACGAUUUCCAAGUGUCUGAGCAGAUGAUUUUACAAUUGCGUGCUGAGAAUAUGACAGUUGGUCGCGAGUUUGUCCAUAAGAUGAUUCAAGAAUUGGAAGAUGUGGAAGAUCCCGCAGCUGCAGCCUUGGCGGUCCGCAUAUUCUGUUGGGGAGCAGAGCGUGGUAGCGCGCAUCACGUCAGUGAGAGGGAACUGAAGAAUGGGUAUAUCCACGCGGAGGACUGCUGGAGCCUGCUCGAGUCAAAACUUAGCAUUCUUCGUCAUCUCGAGUACUUGGCCGCCAUGGUGGAGGGGACGUUUGCCAGUUCCAUGCAAGGGAGGGAAUUGUGGUCGAAAUCCUUCAAAAUCAAAUGCGCAGCGUAUACGAGCAAGGGUCCACAGCGCGUUACGCAAAGGGAUGUUGCUAAGGACGUUGCCGCCUGGUGUGAGCAGUCGUUGGUUCCUCCACUGCGUGUUUCUCGAGCAAAUAAGAGUGAUAGUCGUGGCCAUACAUUGGUGGAGAUCGAUGGAAGGGACAUGAGGAACUGGCUGGACCAAGUUUUUGUCCGCGGAGGAUCGAGGAACCCGUUGGAGUGCUUAGUGGAAAUUAAAGAUAAGACUCUUGAAAACGGGACGCUUAUACCGGAGAGGCAGCGGGAGGAGGUGAAGGCUUCGCAAAGUGAACGGAAUGAAACGCCUACGGUUCGUAUAACCGACGAGGAGCCCUCCGGACGAGAUGUGACUGAGGAAGAGCCACGAGGGUCUCCGAGCCUGCCAGCGUUUCCCCAUACUUCGCCACGUACAAGGGAUGCAAUCCCACAUGAUCUUUCUCGGUGUGACGACUAUGUGGAAGAACCGCGACGAGAUGAAGACUCGGCAAUCCUUCCUCAUCCUUCACCACCGCUUCCAAAACACACCCGUGACGAGCAUAGUGGGUCAUAUCCCUUAAAUCGAAACGAGCGCACCCGCAACGAUCAACAUCUUGACAGGCGACUGUCAGAGCACACUUGGGAUAUCAGCAGCCCACGGCCUCAUCAUGCUAGAGGUGGGGAAUCUUUGCGUGACCGGGCUGAUGGACGUAGGCCUGAAGAUCAGAGGUCAAGAAGGGGACGGGGGGCUCCAUAUUUUUCCCCGUACAAUCGAGGUAAUCGUCGACCAAGAGUUUGGGAGGGAAGAAAUAGGUAGCUGGCUACGAGCGUCGCAUAGGAUAUAUGCAGCAAUCCAUGCAUGCAAGAGUCUUUUCGCAAUUAGCGUGAUACAGUUUUAGCAUGUGGUAUCGUUGGUGAAGUAUCAUCUCCUUUGCCCAAAGUUACGAAAACUCUCGUUGAUACCAAUAUUAAUACUAUUGGUAACCUAUAUAUCUACAUAAUUCCUAUCUGUAAUUCGGUAAAUCACAUAGUUAUAAUUCCAGAGUCU